AUGAGUUUAAUGGAUAUCACUAAAAUGUUUUCCAUGCUCCAGCCCAGAGAAGAUGAAGAAGACAACGGAGAAAGCGAGGAGCUGAACCGAGCGGUAUCCGAGGACGACUACCAAACCCUAGAUAACCUCUUGUCCCAAGACAGGUACAAGAGGUUCAUCAACCGCAGGAGCGGCUGGGGCGUACCCAGCACCCCACUGCGCCUGGCCGCCGUGUGGGGCCGCGUCAGGAGCAUGAAGGUCCUCUUGGCCCAUGGGGCGGAGGUGGACAGCCUGGACGUGAAGGCUCAAACCCCGCUCUUCAUGGCGGUCAGCAACGGCCACCGGGAGUGCGUGAAGGUCCUCCUGGCCGCGGGGGCCUGCCCGGCCGGCAGCAUCUACAACAACUGCUCGCCGCUGCUCAUCGCCGCGCGGGAUGGGAACAUGGACAUCCUGCAGCAGCUCCUGGACCACGGUGCCGAAACCAACGUUCAAGCGCGGCUGCCCGAGUGGGCUGCCAACUCGGUGGCUUGUUCCGGUCCCCUCUACCUCGCCGCUGCGUACGGGCACCUCGAGUGCUUUAAGAUGCUGUUGCUUUACGGCGCCGAUCCUGACUACAACUGCACCGAGGAGAGGGUCAUCGCCCAGAUCAAGGAGCCCAAGACUCUGCUGGAAACCUGCCUGAGGCACGGCUGCAGGAGAGAGUUCGUCGAGCUGCUCAUUGACUUUGGAGCCAACGUGUACCUGCCCAAUGUCACGGCAGACGAGAUGGCACCCCGCAGCGAGGGCCUGGAGCUGCUGCUUCAGGCGAGAGCUCAUCCCAAGUCCUUGAUGUCUCAGUCCAGGCUGGCGAUGAGACGCCUCCUGAAGCGGGCUGCCC